AUGUUGGACAACAACUUCUUUGACAAUUUGAAGGACAUUGUGUUUAUGGGCGGAACCAUUGACUUCGGCGGUAAUAUCGGUCCUCUAAAAGAGUAUAAUAUAUUGUGUGAUCCCGAGGCCUGUCAUAUAGUGCUGUCCAACGCAAAGUGUCCCAUCAUUGGUAUACCAGUAGAAUGUUGUGAUAGUAAUCGCUUAACCUGGGUCAGAUAUGUUUUUCAAACCUAA